AGCUUUACUCUAUAAAGGGAACAUGCAGUGGGAGCUCGCGAGGAUGGACUGCAACAGGCUCGAGCUAACACUGCAGAAGGAGGAGUGCUGCGAGGAGAGACAGCGGCAGUGAAAAGAAAAGAAACAAACCGUUGAAGUGGAGGAGCUCGGGAAAGAGCGGAGGACUAAAGAAGUGCAGGAGUUCCCGGGAUUACUACUACGUUCAUGCGCGCUCCCCUGCCUCUGCUGGAGACUCGGAGCGCGCGUCCCUGCUGCGCGUCCCCGGCGCGCUCUUUCGCAGGUGCGGAUCUGGUAAAGGCACGAGCACAUGGCUGCGCUAACGCUGACCAGAGCGGAUAACUUCCUGCACAACUUCUUACAGGAUCGCACCCCCAGCUCAUCUCCAGAGAGUGGCCCCAACCCACUCUCCUUUCUGGCCACCACGUGCAGUCAGGCUUGGCAGGUGAGCGGCGGCGUGAGUGCCGAGGGGCCCCAGUUCCCCUAUGAAGGGGCGGUGGGCUCGGCGUCCGGCAUGUUUCAGCUGUGGAGCAACGAGAUGGCGCCCAACUCAGGCCUGAGCGCCCACCAGAUGGCAUUCACUGUGCCCAAGGUGCAGUUCCCCGGCCACGUUCAGACAAGUCUCGGCUCGCACUCUCACCACCAUCAUCACCACCAUCAUCAUCAUCACCACGAGCUGCCCCUCACGCCUCCAGCUGAGCCACCUGCCACAUACUCGUUCGAGCUGUCUCCGGUCAAGAUGCUGUCCACUCAGGCCCAAGGGAAUGCUCAGUAUUAUGCCCAGCACAAUGCCAUGGGUCAGAACUUUCCUAGUUUUCUGCAGACCAAUUCAUCCAGGCCUCCUCACCUAGCUGGAGGCCCUGGCGAUGACAGCCAGCAAUGGUGGAGCCUCCCUCAGAGCAACGGUGCCCCCUCUGGCCACCACUUCUCCCUGGGUAGGCAGCUAGUCCUGGGCCACCAGCCCCAAAUCGCUGCCCUGCUGCAGGGAACGUCCAAAAGCCUGCUGAGCUCCACCCGCCGCUGUCGCCGUUGCAAGUGUCCCAACUGCCAGACCUCGGGGAACAGCGGCAGCCUAGAAUUCGGCAAAAAGAGACUGCACAUCUGCCAUAUUCCGGAAUGUGGCAAGGUGUACAAGAAGACGUCCCACCUUAAGGCGCACCUGCGGUGGCAUGCCGGUGAGCGUCCCUUCGUCUGCAACUGGCUCUUCUGCGGGAAGAGCUUCACGCGCUCGGACGAGCUGCAGCGGCACCUGCGAACACACACUGGAGAGAAGCGCUUCGGCUGCCAGCAGUGCGGCAAGAGGUUCAUGCGCAGCGAUCACCUGUCCAAACAUGUCAAGACCCACCAGGGCAGGAAGGGGCGCUCCGGACAGGCCGCUCAAAUUGACCCACAGCUGAGCAACAUCAAGAGAGAAUGAGAGGGGUUCUCUCCAAGAGACUAUUGUGUCACGUGAAAGAGAGACAAAGCCAUACUGAAAAGCUCCCAAUUCAUGUUUGCUGGCUACAGUGUGGAAGUAGUGACAUCUGAUGUGAAUUGUUUGGAGUUUAGCAUUGUUUACGAUGCCACGCCGCUAGUGAAGAGGCGAUGGAAGAACACUGGGAGCAGUGCACUCUGCCGUACUCACAGCAGGUCUAUGACUGAUCUCUAAGACUCUAAAAAGACUGAGGAAGCCCACUGAAGUUGGUACCUAUUUGAGUUGGUACCUAUUUUUUUUCUCACAUGGUUUCAGGCACACAUUGUGACCUAGACCCAUCUUUGCACAAGUCAAUUAACAAUUGAGUUUUACAUUCACUAAGAAAUGUACAAGCACAGUAUAAAGUCAAAUAUUUAUAAUUUUUUUGUUUCUUUGUUUUUACAUAAAAUGUUGCCUUAACAUGAAAUAUUUCCUUUGGUCUCUUUUUACUUUUGUGAAAUCUACUGUAGAUCAUUACUUUGAUCUGUUUUUGGACAGAAUGUCCACAAAUAUUUACUCUCCUGGUGACAUUUGAAGCAGUGAUUUGCACUCACAACAUUCCUUUUUUGAUUUCAGCCUCACUUCUUGAGUGUUAAUUGUGGCCUCGGAAAGCUCAGUAAAAAUGUAUAUAAUGUUCAUAUGGCACACCAUUCUAUGACGACUAAGAAAGCAUGUAAAAAUGAAUAAAAGUCUAAAUAA